AUGAGCUGGGUUCAUUCCGUGCUGGUCCUCCUUCUGUAUGGGUCUUACCUCCGUGUUGGCCUCCCUCCUGUGUUGGUCUUACCUCCGUGUUGGUCUUCCUACCGUAUUGGCACUCAACCCCGCUCCCUUGAUGAUCGAUAUCCUGCCAUGACGGGUUUUACUCGACGUCGGUUAACAUUGACACGCCUGCCUAUUGCUUAUCACUUCAACUCGCGUAUCGGGGUUGGGCGUCGGACUCGGACUCUUGACUCUCGAAUCGCGAUGUGGUUCAAUGCGAUCGGCACGUCGACGAUGGGUUACCCCGGUUUUGUCCCUGAAUCUUCUCCUGGAUCUCUCAAUCGCUGUGCAUGGAAUCGCCCUCCGUGUAAUCGCCGUCCAUGUGUGAAAUUGGGAAUUGGGUGGAAUUGUGGAUGUACCCCUUCGCACGGUAAAGCGUGUACAAAGCCGUCCUGGAUCGCGAUACGCCCGACCAACGAACUGCGUCGUCCGAGAGGAAUUUUUGUAAAAAGUGUUCGUCGAUGUUGUGGUUGUAUGAUGAGAGUUGGUGAGCCCGAGUUGAUCCAUCCCUUCGCCUCGGCUAUUGAUUCGCCGGAGCUUGAGGCUCCUGAGACGAUGGUCUGCAUCAAGCUCGAUUCAAAGCCUGGAUAUGUGCGGCUUCCUGAAGGAAAGAAGGAGGUGUACCAGGGGUAUGGAGAGGAGAGUAUUGAAGGGUGGCAUAAGAAGCAUGGGUGUUUUAAGGCGUGA